GGAAGGACUUAUGAAAUAAUUAUUUGCAGGUCGAGAGAGUGCUGUUAGUCAUCAUCGCCUCAGCAUCGGCUGCUCCUCAGUUUCAGUUCAAUGAUGCACAGGCGAUGCCCUACGAGUUCGCUUACGGCGUGAACGUCGAGACCACAGGAGACGUGAAGGAACACAAGGAGUCUGUGUCUCCUUCGGGCAGAACCGAAGGCGAAUAUCGCUGGCUUCAGCCCAAUGGACUUUACAGGGUAACGCGAUACUUCGUAGACGGAGACGGAGGAUACCAAGCCGCAGUGAGCGAGGAACCCGGAGACCAGGUGUCCAACUAUUACUUCAGUAGUCUGGCCAACGUCGGCUCCUCCACCAAUACACAGCUGUCACAGCAGGGCUUCAGCAGCUCACAGUCGUCAGGCAGCGGUGCAGCAUUCACUGGAUCCCAGUUUUCAAGCAACCAGCAAGCAUUUUCUGGGAACCGGCAAAUCUUCGGGAAUGCACAGUCAUCAGCAAACCAAGCAGCCUUCGGGGAUUCGCAGUUUUCAACGAACCAACAAUUCCUUGGAAACUCGCAGUCUUCCCUCGAUCAGAACCGCUUCCCCUCUUCGCAAACUUUCCAAAACCAGCUGAAUUCUCAGACUGGAAACUUCGGCAGCAGCAUCAUUGAUGGCGGUGUGAUCAAUGGCGGCGUCAUUGACGGAGGCAUCAUUGACGGGGGCGUCAUCAACGGAGCGAAUUUCGGAGGCAGCGACGCUUUCAGUAACACCAACAGCUUCAAUCAAGGUGUGACGACCUUCCAAACGUCAGUGGCUAACAGGGGCACCUUCAACGGAGGGAAUGCCGGACGCACCAACACUUUCAGUAACAGCAACAGCUUCAAUCAAGGUGUGACAACCUCCCAGGCAUCAGUGGCUGGCAGGAGCGACAUCAACCGAGACGUUGCUGUCAUUCUGGCUGGCAGCUCUUUGCGUGACUCUUUCAGGGGGUGAAAUGGGUCACAGUUUUCCCAUUCUGUUGAAUGAUUAGAAAAAAUAUGUAUCUACAGUGCCUUAUAGUUUUUAUUGUUUACUGUUAUAUUAACUUUUUAUAGUACCUUGUUAUGAGUUAGCAGAAAGGAAAUAAAAUGAUGAGUAAAGAC